AUUUCCGAUUCCAAGGGCUUGUUGAUACAAUGCGCGCGACGCGGGCUCUGCACACGGGCAGCAACGUCGGUCUCGCCGACUACAUGCUCGUACCCUACACGCUAGCCCUGACCAUGUCGUCAACGAUGGCGCUCGUGACAUGCGUCGUCGUCUUCAAGUGGGCCAGCGUCAAACGCCACGCAAGCCAGGGCGCGCUCUUCAUGUUCUUUGCGUGCACCGUCGUGUGGUCCGCUGUCACGUUCGUCGGCUGCAUCGCCAAGUACCUCGACGACCGCGAGACGAAUUGGAACAACUCGCUGACCAAGUACACGUUCCUCGUCGCACAAAUCUUCCAGGUCGGCGCCGCGCUCUGGCUUCUCGUUGCUGUCCACGAGAUCAAGCGCAUGGUCUUCGCGCCGCGCUCAGCUGCCAACAGCAAGCGUGCUAUGCGCUUCUUCGUCAUUAGCAUCGACGCCUUCUUGUUUCUCUACGGUAUGGGCAUGAUUCUCUACGUCAGGCUGCACUUUGGGGCUGACCACGACGACGACCAUGACGAUGAUCAGAAUGACCACAGCUCUAACAGCACGGGCUUCGGUCAUGAGGAGCAGCUCAACUUUUUCGAGGCGCUGCAGUGGGGUCACAGUCUACUGCGCGUGACCUCGGUUCUGUACCCGAUCGGGAUAAGUCUCUACUUCCACGCGCACCGAUUUGACAUCGAGCGCCUGGGUGACGACGAGCGCGGCAAGAUCUCUCACCGUCAAGUGCAGCUUAUCGGGCUUCUAAAUGCGAUUGCGACCGUGCCGAUAUGCCUCACCGAGACAAGUCAUUACGACACGUACAACGUCUUCGUGCAGCUCGCGCAGUUCUCGUACUACCUCUCCGGUACCGUGUCGUCGUUCGCCGUCGGCUGCUUUCUCCCGCGCUUUGACAAGCUCCUCCAGACGCCACGAUCGUCGGCUGCUGCUUCCUUCGUGAGCUCACCACCGUCAACGGAGAGGAUAUACAUUCUCGAAACGCGGCAGUAAUACAGCAGUUGAAUUAGCAUAGCACACGAAAGAGACCGAG